CUGAGAUUGAUCCCUUGAAUGGAAGUUGCGAGAGCUCAUGGUGAGAGGUUGCUCUCCCGUUGAAAAUGGAGUGAAUAUUUGUGUGGGACGACAGCUCCUGAUUGAUUUCGCGGAUUGCUUUCAAAAGAGCCGUUGGAGCCGAAAGCAAUUUAGUCACUCUCUCUGUCAGCACGCUGCGCGAACUUUCAGAUACAGCCGUCCGAUAUAGCAGCGCACUCCUUGGUAAUAACAUUCUUUUCACCGCAUUAUUCUGUUCAUCAUUCGUCCCUCUUUGUUCCAGUUGAUCUGGAUUCUGACGAUCUUUCGUCAUCGCCUUUCACUCGCCUUUUCUUCGACGCUCCUGAGCCGCCUAGCAACGACGGUGUCGAAGAAACCCAGUCGAUUUCAUUCUACAAGAGCUGCAUUGAGUCAUUCCUCUAAACGAAAUUUUUGUUCGAACAGAAUGUUGGCUAAUCUAAUCGACGGCAAGAGCAUUGCAGCAGAUAUUCGCACUGAAAUAAAGGACAAAGUUGCUGCCAUUGCUAGCAAUGGUGGGACAGUUCCUGGGUUGGCGGUCAUUCUCGUCGGUGCUCGCCGUGAUUCCCAAACAUACGUCAAUAUGAAGAAGAAAGCUUGUGCUGCAGCCGGCAUAGUGUCAAUAGGAUACGAUUUCGAAGACAACGUUACGGAAAAAGAAUUGCUCGCGACGAUUCAACGUUUGAACGUAGAUUCCGCUAUUCACGGGAUUUUGGUCCAGCUUCCUUUGCCAGCUCACUUGGAUCAGGAUAAAAUCUUGCAGGCGGUUGAUCCCGCAAAAGACGUCGAUGGGCUUCAUCCUAUGAAUGUGGCAGCCUUACAGCUAUAUUCUGGAAAUGCUUUGGAAGCUCCGUUCAGUAUAGCAUGCACUCCGCUCGGAUGUUUGGUUCUUUUAGAAAAAAGUGGCAUCGACCUCAAGGGGAAACAUUGUGUUGUUGUAGGACGUUCUCAACUGGUUGGAUUACCCAUGGCACGCCUUCUGCUAGGAAGAGAUGCCACCGUAACAAUAGCUCAUUCAAAAACCGAAGACAUCCAAAGUUUGACACGCACCGCCGAUGUCGUUGUUGCCGCGGCUGGUCGCGCUCACUUGGUCGAGGGCAAUUGGAUUAAACCAGGUGCGGUCGUAAUCGAUGUGGGCAUCAAUAGUGUCGACAUUGUCCCGGAAAAAGAGGGCGGCAAAACUUACAAAUUGGUGGGUGACGUGGAUUUUGAUGCCGCCGUGGAAGUAUGUUCGCAAAUUACUCCAGUUCCGGGCGGCGUCGGGCCGAUGACAAUUGCUAUGUUGUUGAGAAAUACUUUGCGAUCGUGCGAACGCUUGAAAUUAUCUUGA